UGCUGCACUGACAAGUAAACUAAGCACAAGCAAGGUUUGGUGGCCAAGCAAUGGCUGGGAAUAGUGCCUGUGUGUGCGUGUCCGACUUUGAAGUGGAAGCCAAGAAGGUUCUUCCUAAAGCUGUCUAUGACUACUACCGUUCUGGUGCUGAGGAGGAAACCACGCUGGCUGACAAUGUUGCUGCAUUCAAGAGGUGGCGCCUCAUCCCUCGGGUGUUGAGGGAUGUGUCCUCUGUGGACCUGAGCUUGUCUGUGCUGGGCCAGCAGCUCAGCAUGCCGCUGUGUGUGGCAGCCACAGCCAUGCAGAGGAUGGCGCAUCCUGAUGGAGAGACAGCGACGGCAAGAGCCUGUCAAGCAAUGGGGACGGGGAUGAUGGUGAGCUCAUGGGCCACCUCCAGUAUAGAGGAAGUGAUGUCAGCGAUGACGACUUCUCCUGGUGCUGAGGGCGUCCUAUGGCUGCAGCUCUACAUUUACAAGGACCGGGAGAUCACUCUCUCGCUGGUCCGCCGGGCGGAGGAGGCAGGCUAUAAGGCCAUCUUUGUUACCGUGGAUACGCCGUACUUGGGGAGGAGACUGGCUGACAUGCGGAACUGCUUUAAACUGCCUUCACAUCUCAGAUUGUCCAACUUCUCCACAGACUCCUUGGCUUUCUCUGAGAGUGACUAUGGCAGUGACAGUGGUUUGGCUGUAUACGUUGCAAAAGCAAUAGAUCCCACUUUGUCCUGGGAUGACAUUAACUGGCUCAAGAAACACACACACCUACCUGUCAUUGUGAAAGGAAUCAUCAAUGGGGAGGAUGCUGCCCUGGCAGUGAAGCAUGGUGUCGAUGGCAUCUUGGUGUCCAAUCAUGGAGCACGACAGCUGGAUGGGGUUCCUGCCACGCUGGAUGUGUUGGAGGAGGUCGUGGGAGCAGUGGAAGGACGCUGUGACGUCUACCUGGAUGGAGGCGUGAGGCGAGGGACAGACAUCAUCAAAGCGCUGGCUUUGGGAGCAAAGGCGGUUUUCAUUGGCCGGCCUGUGCUGUGGGGCCUCGCCUGUGGGGGCGAACAAGGUGUUAUUAAGGUUCUGCAACUUCUCAAAGAUGAGCUCACACUCGCUAUGGCCUUAGCAGGUUGUCGUUCCUUGUCCGAGGUGAGCAGGUCUCUGGUCAGGGGUGGGAAGGUCACAUCCAGAAUAUAACAUGGAAAACCUUGUAUUCAAAGUGGAAUAACUGUAAAGUGCCUUAAUGAUGCCAUCUGCAUGUUUACUGUUUCCUACAUGAGUACAAUUCCCACAUGUGAUUGUAUGUUAUAGUUAUUUCUGAUAUUGACAUAAUUGUCUUAAUCAAACAUAAUUUAAGAUAACUCUAUUAAACUUCUCGACCUGUGGUUAUAUAUUUAUUUUUCAUAUACGUAUAUAAUGUAUAUAUGUUUUGAGCAAAUUGGUGCGGUAAGAUAGCUACACUUUCUGUAAUGUGUGAUGUAUUCCAAUGUACCGUGUAUGCAUGUUCAAAUCAAAGGCAUCUAUUAGGGUGCAUCAAAUUUGAAUGGGAAAUUUUAAAUUCAUAAUAUCAAUUUGGCUGGCAUUCCAUUUUUUUAUAAUGAACAUAAAAAUGUCUUUUGCAAAGUUUUGAGGAAAUCCAUUGAGAUUUAGGGGUGCCACCUCAUAUAAUCUUUUGUAAAAUUUCAGAAAAUGUGCAAUUUCUAGUCUAAUAGCCAAAAAGUUGACCUGGAAAAGUUGAGUACAAUAAACUUCUAUACAGCAUCAUUUUCUAUAGGGUAAUCAAAGGGGGCCCAGACCAAAGACCAAGCUGCGACUGCUAGUCUGAAAGGAACUAGUUGUUGAGGGCAGCAUCUGAGGAGAACUGGUGGGUUGUGCUGCACAGUGCCUAAAAUAAUAAAUGGACAAGUGUAUAUCAGAUUAUGUAGGACUACAGUACUACUCAAUAAAUAUGAAGCAUCAGCAAUACUGUCUAUUCUAUAUUACUGUUGUUGAUGUUAUGCUUGCUCAGCUAUUAGCUAACUGUCAUUAGCAAACUGUAGCUAGCUAAUGUUAGCUACAGUAGAGGCAAUGAACACUAAAUACCUAUAAAUAUGACUACAAAUCAUUCAAAUUACAAAGACAAAACCACAAAUUUGCUAGUAAUAUGUAAUAGGAGUAUAAAUACCAACAAAAACAUAAAGAUCACCUCAGAUCUCCAUGGCAACCAUUGAAGUGUUCAACACUUUAUUCCACAAAAACAGAUUUAUGGUGGCACCCCUAAAUAAUCAUGUAUUGGAAAAAUAUUUUGUAUGUGUUGUUUCGACAUAUAUUGGAACACUUUUAGUACCCAGGCAUAUCAAAAUUCAAUAAUUGUGUUUUUUGAUGCACCCUAGCGUCUAUUUACGUUAGUCUUUUCUAAAUGUGUUCAUUUUGACCUAUGCAGAUUGAUAACCUAACACCAUUUUAUUAAAUGAAACUACAACCUGUUUAUGUUGACACCCCACAUACUGUCUGACGGACGCUGACAUAAAUAGUUGUCAACAUCAUCUAAACUGAAACUUGCUAUUGCUUACACAUUUAC